ACGUGUUGUAGAUAAUUCUAUAAUUCAUAUUACAAUAAAACCCCGAUUGACCGCAACCCGAUUUACCGCGCCCCGAUUUACCGCAAUUUAUAUAAUUCAUAUCAUUUUAUAAACGUGGAACGAACUUUUCAACUUUGGAACGACAAGCUUUAGUCAUUUUGAUAUUUGAAACUGUCCCCGAAAAUAUUUUGACUUCUGAAUGAUGGUGCGCUGAGUAUCACAUGACACCUAACUAUGAAUUAAUCUACUCAUGCUGGGGUUAGUGUAACUGUUUUGUGAGAUUUAGUUACAAUAGUUUAUCAGUGAGAUAAUGCCUGGUGAUUCAGGACCUGGUCAGUAGAUAUCAGUGUGUUGAUCUCAGCCACUUUUCGCUACUCAAAUGUUACGUUUGUUGUCUCUGGUAACUCUCUGCUGCUGGUUCGUACCCGUUAUUUCUAGUGAGGCUUGUGAAGAUCUGCUAAUUGAAGGAUGGGCCCCAGGGCAGGAUCUCACAAUACCACAGGGCUACUCUCUUAGAGAUAUCCUGACGGUCAGGGGACAGGUACAGAAAAAGAAGUCCUAUUAUUUCCUCUCGUUUAAAGGACAAUCACGCCGGGCCUUCAUGAAAACUGCAUUGUACAGCAACGGAGUCUUUGGGGUGCUCACUCCGAGUAACAGCAAAGUCUUACAAACAAGAGUUAUAGAUAAGGACAGUAACAAGCUGGUACUGCAGAUGAAGUGCAGCGAGACUGAGACUACUUGCUAUGUCACAAGUCAAGCUAAUCCUACAAUAGUGUCCUUUAACUAUCAGCAGAGCAUGUCAAACAUUCUAUCCUCGAACAAGAUCUUCGUCAGCGAGAAUAUCGCCACAUUCGUAACCCUACAAUCUAUCACAUUCUGUAGAUCUUCAGAGCCAAGAGUUGAAGUUGAGAUGAGACCCUCAGGGCCCGUGACAGAGGGAGGAAUCUACACGCUGAUCUGCAGAGUAACAGGACUUCCGGUACUGUCAGCUACAUGGAGCAAAGGAAGAGAGGAACUGGGGAACGCAGAGACAGAACUAGGGGGGUCUGAAGAGGAACAUACUCUUACACUGACCUACACAAUCCGUGGGCUGAGCUCUGAAGACACAGGUAUCUACAAGUGUAAAGGACAGAGCUUGUUAGUUAGUGAUGAGGGAGUGAGCCGUGAGGUGAAUGUAGUGUUAUCUGAACAGCAGGAUAUAGGUGAUAUUCAGGACAAUAAUUCUGGUGAUGAGAGUACUGGAACAGAUGACUCUGAAGGUGAUGACUCUGAAGGUGAUGACUCUGAAGGUGAUGACUCUGAAGGUAAUGAAUCUGAAGGUGGUGACUCUAAAGGUGAUGACACUGAAGGUGAUGACUCUGAAGGUAAUGACUCUGAAGGUGAUGACUCUGAAGGUGAUGACUCUGAAGGUGAUGACUCUGAAGGUGAUGACUCUGAAGGUGAUGACUCUGAAGGUAAUGACUCUGAAGGUGAUGACUCUGAAGGUAAUGAAUCUGAAGGUGGUGACUCUAAAGGUAAUGACUCUGAAGGUGAUGACUCUGAAGGUGAUGACUCUGAAGGUGAUGACUCUGAAGGUGAUGACUCUGAAGGUGAUGACUCUGAAGGUGGUGACUCUGAAGGUGGUGACGCUGAAGGCGUGGAUUUUGAUGAGGAUCCAACACAGCCAGUUGGUGAAGUUUGCAAAUUUCUCGGACAGAAUAUAACAAGGCAAGAGGUCUUACAGUUUCCUGACAACUUUAACAUAUCUGAUGUUCUCACAGUCAAAGGCGACUAUGGAACAGCAGAGAGAGGUUAUUUUAUGUAUCUAUAUGACAACGAAGAUUCAGCAGAAACGUGGAAUUUUUACUUUAAGAAUACUGGAACUUUGAACACUUGGGGUACCUACACCAGUCAGUCGAUACCUCUAUUCGAUGAAGGGACGAAAACCAUAAUGAAAAUCCAGGUAUUUCACAACAUAUCAUCCGGUACUCUGAAUAUAAUUACCCCUAAAUUCAAGGAAGUGAUCAGCAAAUCAGCAUAUAAUACUCAAAUGCUACGUUUCAAUACUGCAAGAAUGGAGGUGUCAAGAGGUCGGGUGUCUUAUGAGUAUAUCUCAAUCUGCAGACCGAAAGAACCUCAAAUAAAGCUAACUACACCACCUCAACCUUUUAUACUAGGUUCCACAGUCACUCUCCAAUGUACAAUAACAGGGCCUCCCUUCUUAUCUGGAUACUGGUCAAAAGACAAUACAGAUUCAGAGUCAAGCAAUAGUGUGCUGGACGAGACAGAGGCAGAGCAUAAACUGAAAAUAACGCUGGUCCUUUCACGCUUCCGCUUAACGACCCUGGGACUAUACCGAUGCCAUGCAACAAGUUCUAUACUAGCUUCAAACCAAACUGUAGAACAAAGUGUUGAGGUAUCCUAUUCAGUACCACUGAGGAUCACAAAGCCUGCAACCAGGACUUACAACCUUCUCCCAACCUCUUUCAUCUGGAGAGUAGAUGGAUACCCUAAUAGUGGGGUCAGGUUGGAGUGUACCACAGGGACAAUUACUAAGUCCUGGGGUAGAUAUACGAUAAAAGAAACACCCCCUCGUCUGUUUCAAGUUACUAUCGGAGAAGGAUGGGACGAUGAACAGUUUAACUGCACUUUAACGAACGAAGGAGAGAAUCUGGACAUAUUAUACUCGUUCUCAAAGUGUAAAGAUGGAAGUUACAUUAAGGAUGAGGAGUGUUUACCUUGCUUAGAGGGACAGACCAGUAGCAAAGCUAACAACUUUACUUGUGAAGAGGAAAUAGAGGAGGAAGAGGAGGAGGAAGAAGAAGAGGAAGAAGAAGAGGAAGAAGAGAAGGAAGAAGAGAAGGAAGAAGAGAAGGAAGAAGAGAAGGAAGAAGAGAAGGAAGAAGAGAAGGAAGAAGAGGAAGAAGAAGAGGAAGAAGAAGAGGAAGAAGAAGAGGAAGGAGCUGGUGGUGAAUUAGAAGAUAGUAAGGACCCUCCAAAAGUAGGUCUUUCUCUGAUAAUAAUAAUAUGUGGAUGUGGUAUAGCAGCGUUCCUGAUGGCUACUGCAGUUGUAACAGGAAUAUUCAUCAAGAAGAGAAGGAAGAAAAGAAGGAGCAGGAGGAUGACAGCUGAGUCCAACACCAAGAGAAUAAGGAGUCUGACAGUAUCAGCUCCAGUUCUACAUUACCACAUAUCAGGGGAGGUGUCUGAGGUAACCUGCAAGUUGAGAACAGACACCAUGACAGGAGCCACUAAACCACCACCCCCUCAAAUACAGAAACCCAGCAGACCGUACCCUCGCACCGAGCAACUCAGUAAACCAUCUGAUGAGGAACCCGUCUAUGCCACUGUUAACAAACCUAGACAAGCUCCUGCUAGCGAGAACGUGGAGGAUUUGUACUCUAACAAAACUAAGGAGCCCCUUUAUUCUGACGCGGAACCUCUAUACUCUGAACCAGAACCUCUAUACUCUGAACCAUUGCCCCUGUGUGUGGAACCAGAUCACAUAGAAGAUGAAGCUGAGAGUGCGUACGCGGACCUGGAGUUUGUUAAAAAAGGAAGAGCUGCUGAAAAACUCCAGAUUCAUGGUUCACUCAUGAAGAAGGUUGAGAAUAGUGAAGCGACAUACGCUACCAUCACAGAGUUCAAAAAGAUAGAGGGAGAGGAGGAGGAGGACGGAGAGGAGUUUUGGUAACAGUGACAUUGGAGGGACUUGAGUUUAGAUCAUAGUGACAGUUGGGAGAUUUCUUAUGAUUGUGCCAUUAGAACAUGAUCGGUGUGAUUUGGACGGUUUAUGUUGAAUCCAAUUAUAAUUUGGAUCGGUCUUUGUUUUUUUAAUCGAAUAUUAUCUUUUAAAAGUUGAUAUUUCAAUUUUUGUUUAAAUGUAUUUUAAUUUUUUAAUCGUUUUGAGUGUCUAUAAAUCUAAUAAAGGGAACCUGAUGUUAAAUAUUUCACCAACACAUUUUCCUGAUAUUUUGCUAUGAAUUUUAAGAAAAUAUUAA